AUGUCUCUUGACGAACAAAAGCAUGGAAAGUCUCUAUAUUUUCCCGAAAAGAGUACUUUGUUUCCACAAUUUCAGAAACUGGACCCCGUGAUCCGGCGUCUCAUCUGGGAAUAUACACUCCCUAGCUCUCGAGUGCAUUACGUCGAAUACAUACAGUUCGUACCUGCACCUGUCAAUCCCCAGGGCCGAUAUCUUAGCAUCAAGUGUCCUCCUGUACCCAUUGCAUUUUCAGUGUCUAAGCAAUCACGCUAUGUUGCGAGUUUGUACAUGACGCGGUUCCCUCUGAACACAGCGUUCAAUCUUGAUAAGCGUGGUGUAAUACCAUAUGGCUACUGUAGCCCAUAUGAUACUCUCUAUAUCGAGAAAGUAUUCCAAAGCCAGCAGAAAUGGAAACUUGGACACAAUCCUUUCUGGUCUUUGGCAUAUGGUCUUCAAGCGAAUGGCAUGAUGAACGCUGCGAUUACUGAAUUUCCAGCUUAUCGAGACUUGUUUGCAGGCUUCACACCAAGUCAGAACAUCACACUUGUCAAGAUAAAGGAGGUCGAAGGCUUCGAUGAACACCAUUAUUGCAGGAGAGUCUUACCAGCUGAUCCAAACCACAGUUAUGGAAUUGAGUUCGAUGAACCAUACCAUGCUACAGCAUUUGAGCGAGAUCUUAAAGCAUGGAAAUUUGAGCAGGCUUCAAAGAUCAAGAAGAAAGGCAAGAGAAUGCCAGAAAUAAGAAUUGCUGAAAUGGCUCUUGCCUGCGAGUGUGUUGAUGUGAAGGAAAGGAUGAAAGAGAAGGUCAGGGAGUUGAACAGGAAGGCGAUGUCAGAGCAACUGGAGCAAGAUUGCCUAGAAUGA